AUGGCUAAACAGGAACAAAAAGUGAUUAAAUUAAAAGGAGAACCUAACCAGCAAACACUUCCAAGUGGGUCUACUUUGCCAAUACCUAACAUGUCGGAAGGAAAGCCGUCAGAGACACAAUCAUCAAGUACAUACAUCCCUUACCAGUUACAUAGUCAGGAACUGCAGUAUCAACACCAGGAACAAAAACCAAUCGAAGAAACAAUCCCGCUACAGUCAAAGAUACUGUCUCAGUUAGAAUCACAAGUAUCAACCCGAUCAUCCCCGCCAGUUAUAGUUUUCAGACGAGAUAAGCCAAAAAAGAUACUACCAAAGAAACCCGUUAAACCAUAUGUAUGCACGCAUCCAGGGUGUACUUGGGCGUUUGCUAGACAUUCCGAUUUAACUAGACAUUCAAAAUCUCACGCAGAGCCUCAGUACAAGUGUCCCUAUUGGAAGAAUGACCCUACAUGCCAUAAAAAGAACGGUGCAUUCAAUAGACUAGACGUAUUGAAAAGACAUUUACGAUUGAUACAUUAUGUUAAGGAUAAACAACCUAUUGCUGCUUUGAAUCCAGGUGAGGAUCCAGGAUGGUGUCGGUCUUGCCAACGAAUGUUCCCCAAUUCGAAAGCUUUUGUUGAACACUGUCAUGAUUGUGCCCAAAAUACCGUGCCUACAGAAUGGAUUGAUAUAAAAAGGGAAAAAACCGGAAUCCCAAAUCAAACAACAUUCAGAGUCAAAUUAGAUCAAAUAAACAAAACUAAAAGUACAUAG